AAAACCUAGCACAUCCAUUCAACAUCACCAUUGUUGAAUCCACCAUCAAUCAUGUUUCGUAUUGGCAGCUUCUGUCUUCUGGUUAUCCUUCAGGUCGUGACUUCAGAGCCGCCUCCUCCACAGUGUAGAACCUUUCCCCGAGUAAAAAAUCCUGCACAAUGCUGUAACUUUCCAAAAAUAUUUAAAGAAGAGGACUACAAGGAAUGUGAAAUAGAAUUACCAAGCGCAGAAAAUAAAUCGGGGCCUCCGGAUUGUUCUAAGCAGAUAUGUUUAUUAAAAAAAUACAAUCUAAUGAAAGAUGAUAACGAGGUAGAUAAGGAUGCAGCGACCGAAUUUCUGGACAAAUGGGUUGAAUCUUACCCAGACUUCAAGAAUGGUGUUGAAAAGGCCAAGGAACUUUGUAUUAAUAAUGAUUUGGCCGAAUUAAAAGUGUGUCAACCUACGAGGAUUGUAUUUUGCAUUAGUAAUGUAAUGUUUAUGGAAUGUCCAAAAUGGGAGGAUACUGGUGACUGCAAGAAAAUAAAAGAUUACGUUGAAGAAUGUAAAGAAUAUUUCGAUCACUAAUAAACAUAAUGUUGAUUUUAUGUAAAAUACUAAUUGCUGUUGUUUGAUUUUUUGUAAAUAACAAAAAUAUUUUUAAUAUGCAUAUUACUCAUAAUUGAUGUCACUAAUUUUGUUUUAAUUAAUAAAAAUAUAA